AGUUUAGCAACGAAAUGACUAUCGUAUUAAGUCUUCCGGCCUGUGUGUUCUUUUUACUCGGUACUGUGGUACCCAGCAACUCUCAGCGAUGGAUCCCAUAUGCGAAUCCCUUGGAUGAACAGUCACAGUCUCAGUCGCAGCUACAGGAAAAUGGAGCAAGCGAUCAAAAUCCGGAUAUUUUUGAACAGUCGCAAUCCCAAUCACAAAAUCAGCUAGUGGCGCAGAUUCCGCCAUCUGGUGCUUCUCUAAGUGAAGGGCAACCACCUAAUAAUAUUAUAAGCCUUAUGGAUGAAGGGAUGCUUCUACAGCCACAAUAUCGCCCCAUCGAGAUUGCCGAUCAAUCACAGAACUUAAUUCAGAGGCAGUUACAGUCACAGGCACAGGAACAGUCACAGUCGCAGGCACAAGCGCAGGCCCAGUCACAGGCACAGGCACAGUCACAGGCUCAGUUACAGUCCCAGUUGCAAAAGAUACAAUCACUGUUACAGUCUGAUUUACAGUCCCAGUCGCAGUUAGAGGCUCAACUACAGUCACAGUUAGAUGAACUUAAACAACAGUCUGAGUUCCAGCUGGUCCCUAUUAGUCAGUUGAGGCCCCGACCAUCCGAUCAACCAAUUGUAAUCUUAGAUUCGAUACCAAAACCCCGGCCUCAGUUAGUACUACUUCCUUCUCAGAAGGGGCCAGUUCAGCAGGACCCAAAUCUUCGUUACGUAAUUCCGAGUCCGCCAAAACGUAAACGCCAAAUUUCACCUGAUAGCGCAAUUCCCAAUGUUUAUAUAUUGGCUCCAUCCCAACAGAUAAAGUCGAACUCCAGUAUUAGCAUUGAUCAAAUACUAAAGUUGUAUCAGUACAAAUCAGAUAAGGAGCGCAAAAUUGCCGAAUUGAAAAGACAGAUAAAGAAACAAGAGACACUAAAUAUUUUAAAAUUUGUUCCGUCUCUAAUGGUAACACCAGCAACCCCAAUCCUAUUACCAUCACAGUCCCAAUUAGCAUCACAGCAAUCAUGGCCAUUUUCUCAAUUACAAUCGCAGCAAAAUUCACAGUCUUCGGGAUCACAGUCCCAACUGCAGUCACAGUCAAACGCUCAAUCAUCUGGAUCACAGUCCCAGUCUCAGUUGCAGUCAGAUUCACAGUCCCAGUUGCAGUCACAGAUAAACCCUCAAUCAUCUGAAUCACAAUCCCAAUCGCAAUCACAGAAAAGAGGAUCACAAUCCCAAUUGCAGUCACAGAUAAACCCUCAAUCAUCUAGAUCACAGUCCCAAUUGCAAUCACAAAUAGAUUCAGACUCUGAUGCCUCACAGUCCCAGCUGCAGUCACAGUUAGGCUCUGAAUCAACUGGAUCACAGUCCCAGCUGCAGUCACAGUUAGGCUCACAAUUAUCUGGUCCACAGUCUCAGUCGCAGUCACAGUUUAAUUCCCAGUCUUCAGAAUCACAGUCCCAAUUGCAAUCACAGGCCAAGUUCCGGUCUUUAGGAUCCCAGUCCCAAUCACAGUCACAGCGUGAUUCCCAGUUUUCAGGAUCACAAUCCCAAUCGCAGUCACAGCUUAAUUCCCAGUCUUUAGGAUCCCAGUCCCAAUCACAGUCACAGCGUGAUUCCCAGUUUUCAGGAUCACAAUCCCAAUCGCAGUCACAGCUUAAUUCCCAGUCUUUAGGAUCUCAGUCCCAAUCGCAAUUACAGAUAAGGCCUCAGUUAGGCACAAAGGCUUUAGAGUCACAGUCCCCAUCAGAGUUGCUACUACACAUUCAGGGGCCUUCCACAUAUCAGGACAAUUUGCCUGAACCCAAUAUACAGACGAAAAAAAAUCGAAUCAAUGUGGUUACGCAUGAGUACAAAGUAUUCAAAACACCAAAUUACCUUACCCAGGAGGACAUCUUGGAUAAUUCUAAGCUGACAACUGUUGACCUGAUUGAGAAGUACGGCUAUCCAUCUGAGACCAAUUACGUAACCUCCGAAGACGGCUACAGGCUUUGUUUGCAUCGUAUUCCGCGUCCUGGUGCUGAACCAGUUUUAUUAGUCCACGGCCUAAUGGCCAGCUCAGCUUCUUGGGUGGAACUUGGGCCCAAGGAUGGACUGGCAUAUAUCCUUUACCGUAAGGGUUACGACGUCUGGAUGCUGAAUACCCGUGGUAACAAAUACUCCCGCGAGAAUUUGAAUAGACGCCUGAAGCCGAAUAAGUACUGGGACUUCUCCUUCCACGAGAUCGGCAAGUUUGAUGUGCCCGCUGCCAUCGAUCAUAUUCUGAGUCACACCCACAAGCCAAAGAUCCAAUACAUUGGCCAUUCGCAGGGCUCCACCGUUUUCUUCGUGAUGUGCAGUGAAAGACCCCAUUAUGCACAGAAGGUGAAUCUAAUGCAGGCACUUUCUCCAACGGUUUAUUUGCAGGAAAACCGCAGUCCAGUGCUAAAGUUCCUCGGAAUGUUCAAGGGAAAGUAUUCGAUGCUUUUGAACCUCCUAGGCGGCUACGAGAUCUCAGCGAAAACGAAGCUCAUCCAGCAGUUCCGUCAGCACAUUUGCUCCGGCUCGGAGCUUGGCAGCAGCAUCUGCGCCAUCUUUGACUUUGUGCUCUGCGGGUUCGACUGGAAGAGCUUCAAUACGACCCUCACUCCCAUCGUGGCUGCCCAUGCCUCCCAAGGCGCCUCCGCCAAACAGAUCUACCACUAUGCACAGAUGCAGGGUGACCUGAAUUUCCAGCGUUUCGACCAUGGAGCGGUCCUGAAUCGCGUUCGCUACGAGUCCAGCGAGCCACCAGCCUACAAUCUUUCGCAGACGACCAGUAAAGUUGUGCUCCAUCACGGCGAAGGCGACUGGCUGGGAUCCUCCUCGGAUGUGUUCCGGCUGCAGGAGCGUCUGCCCAAUCUCGUCGAGAGCCGGAAGGUCAAUUUCGAAGGCUUCUCUCACUUCGACUUCACGCUCUCCAAGGAUGUUCGUCCUCUACUCUACAGUCACGUCCUGCGGCACUUGUCAACCAGUCUCAGUGGAUAGAACAAUUUCGGCAUUAAGCCUUAUUGGCUCGAAUAAUUGGAAUAAAAAUCUAUAGUCACUAUAA